AUGGAUGGGCGAUGCAGAAGACGCGAUGGUGUUUUUGGAGCGAUGGUGGGUUGGGAGGCUGGAAAGCUCCAGCACGAAAUUUCAGAAGCUCCAGGUUCCCACUUGACGCCUGAGACCUGCGUGGUGGAGACCCGCGGCGUCGGCAUCUUGUUGAUCCGAGCUCCCCGAAAUUUCGGGCUGCAACUGGACUUACGUAUACCAUCGGGCGUCAUGGAGCCGGCUUUCAGAAGAGCAGCGUCAAGCGCUUGCGGGCAAUGCUCUGCAGCAUUGAGAAGGCAAUUAGUUGCCAACGGAGUCCCUAGAAUCACCCCUCGCAUCGCAUCAGUCCACUCGACCCGAAGCCUCCAUUCCACCGUUUCUAGGAGAUCGAAGGCCAACAAUGUGCCCACAAGACAAUUCUCUUCGACCCCGAAAGCCUCGAGCGAGGCGGCAGCUGUAAAGCCCUCUACCAACGAAUCGUCGACCCCCAAGCUCCGAUCAGACGACCUGUUCCACUCUUUCACGAAUUCACCCAUCCCGGAGAUUCGACGACGUGCGGCUUUCAUGCGCCAACAUGCCUACUGUUCUCACCCCGAUCAUCGCGCGACAAGGGUUCCGACCGUCGCACCCCAUGGCGAAGAGAAGCAAUCGCAAACGGGUCAGCUGGCGCCGGCGCACGUCGAUUUCGAGUGUCCUGAUUGUGGAAUUCCCGUCUCCUGUAGCAAGGAGCACUGGAUGGACGAUUACGAGGCUCACCUCGAGAUCUGCGAUACUUUGAGGGAGAUCAACGAGGAUGACCAUGACCUGAGAUCUGGCCGGACCUUCCCGGAGUUCGUUAUGGCAGAUGAUCAGAUGCCCGAGGCGGUCGUCAACAUGACCAACUGGGACACCUUCAUGUACAGCCGCGAGUUCGAGGCUAUCAAUGAUGAGCGCAGCAUGCGACAGGUCACGAAGAUGCUCACAUACCCCAUCACAAUUGGCAGUGUUCUGCAUGAGUUGAGCCCUUACAGCGUCAAGCAGGGGGAGAGGUUGACGAGCGAGGGUUUGAAGAGUUUGAGUGCUUUGCGGUAUACUCUUCAUCCUCCUCUUUCCGGGAAGGGUACUACCAUGAAGGAACUUCGUCCUGAGGCACCUCCCGUGAGAGUCUUCUGCUUGGGAGCGCGUGCCGAAUCAUCCCUGCCCAGAAACGUCUGGCUCCAGCUUGCUCAUCUCUUCCCAGAGAGCAAGAUUCAUCUGAUCUUCAUUGGCCCCGAAAGCAUGGCUAACCGAGACGAUGAAUUCCCUCUGCCGCAGCGGACGCCCGAGAACCCAUUUGGUAUGGUAAUCGAGGACCGGAUAUCGCACAAGAUGAAGAUCAGCACCAUCGUGGACUACUACCACACCAUCCAUAAGACCGGAUACUUUGCGCCUUACGACCCGUACUUUGACUGCUUCUGCCUCUUCCAUCCUGGUUUGGGCCAUCCCGCAAGCAGCCACGAGUGGACCGAGACGCUUCCUAUGCUUCUGGAGACCAAGGUCCCAAUCAUUGCUACAGGUUACACCCAGUUUGAUAUGGAGAGAGAUAUCGAAUGGGUCAGAAAGACCGCUGCUGGCGAGUUUGAUGUUCUGUUGGAGCCUGGCGAAAACCUUUUUCGCAGCUUGAGGUGGGAUCUGAAUGACCUGGAUCCCCAGGACGUCAGCUGUGGAAACUGGGGAGUGUGGGCGUUCCGUGGAAAGAGGUAUGAGACGACUAAGAAGGAUGACGAAGGUUCUGUAAAUAAGUGUAUCAUACUCACCGGCAUGUGCAUUAAUUGUAUGAUCUGUACCGAAGACACUGCGAGGAUCAUGACGCACGAAGAUCACAGAUAUUCAGUCAUGCUACUGAGCUGUGCUAAGAUGGGGCGAUUCUCGACGUUUUCUGUUGCGCCAACCUUGCACCAAAGACAAGCAAGGCAAGACAAGCGCAUGCGUUGUCAAAUGUUCCGGCAGGUCGGGUCCGGUGGCCGGGGCAAGUGCCGGGUUGUCCUCUGCAGAUGCGGGCCACUCCGGCAGCGGCCUGCAGAGCACAGGGCCACGGCCAUUGAGCCGCUAAACGCACCUGCAACGGGAGACAAGCCCUUCCUUGUAACCGACCAGCACCGGGGGGCAGAUCAGCGUCGUCCGAAAUCUUGCUGGCUGCAAGUCAAACUUGACGACAGCUCACUCUCGCGACUUUUGACUGCCACCACGGCCAUGGCAGCUGUCGCUACCCCUCGCGCUCCGACGCCGCGACCGAAAGCCCCCGCGACCGUCAGCUUCUUGAACGAUCCGGCCGCGGCCGCUCCUACACCUCUGGCCACCCCCGGCGCCGAACGAACCCGCCCUCCGCUACAGACCAAUCCUUCCGCUCGCCGAUCUGCUCGACCUACUCCUACAGACUAUCUCUCCGACAAAGCAACCGCCGCCUUCAUCCGCCGUGUCCUGUGCUCCAAGCACCUCGCCGAAAGGGGGAGGGCAACACCGUCCCCGAUCGAGGAACUACUGCCACCCCUGACCAGCCGAAACGAUGUCGAUCUUCAGAUAUACGCACUCAUAUCUGUGAUUCUGAGGGAAUACGUACAAGUGUGGUACAGCAAAAUCACACCCGAUGACACUUUUGUAGACGAAAUCGUCCAAAUAAUCGCCCAUUGUACAAGGGCCCUGGAGCAGAGAUUGCGAAAGGUCGACCUCGAGAGCCUUUUGUUUGACGAGCUUCCCGAUUUACUGGAUAGACAUAUCCUCGCCUACCGCGCGGCGCAUGAUCCGGUGUCUCGACCACCAACUGAAAUAGACCCACGAGAAAUCUAUCAUUCACUAUGCCCUUUGGCUCCUUUGACGCCCAUACCUCGCCCCGAAGACCCCUCGUCUGUUGCGAGACAGCAAGAGAACGAGACGCUUUAUCGUCAGCUGUUGGUACAGGGCGUCCUGGCUGUUCUCCUACCGACCGAAGACCUCGAAAACGAUUGCUUGACCUCUCUGGUUGGCCAAAUCUUCUCCGAGCUCAUCAUUGGCAACGUCCUCGCCAAUCGUCUUUCGCAACCAUGGCUCAUUUACGAAAUAUUUAUCAUCCUCACCAGAGUUCUCGACAGGAAAGCAUCAGAGCCUAUCGAAGAGGGAGUGGCGGAGGCGUUGCAGGCCGGGUCAACAUCCGCCCUCCCCAGGCCUGUUCGUCGCAGUUGGUCCAUUCAGGGCGCGUUCUGGUCGCUCGUACAAUGGUCAUUUCUCGCUUUCUCGACUGUCCGCUUCCUCGUCAUCACUCUCGCAAUGUCUUCAUCCCUGCCACCAAGGUUAGACGGCGAGCUGAAUGAAAAGGACCAAGUGACUGGUCAAAUAUCGCAUUCGAAGACGUUGAAUCCUCCAGCUAGCUCGAACGAAGGGCAGCCUGUCAAAACACCCAUUGCUGCCUUCAAGCUGUGGAGUUGCGUAGCAGAUUUGAUCGAAAUGGACUCUCGCAUGCCUUGGUUGAGUGGAAUCAUGUCACUUUUCCAGCUCGGGGCAAUGAGCGGCCCAGGACGUAUUGCUGGUCUCAAUGGAGCCAUGGACAGGUUCAAGUCACUGGAUCUCAACCAGCUCCACCUAGUUGGCUGCACUGUGGAUGGAUUUGUGGAUGAAUUGAUACGGGCUAUGGCGACACACACCUUGGGCCGAAAUAUGCUGUGUGACAUUCACACCUGGCCCAUUCUGCGACCCAACCCUGACUUGACCUCGUCCCCCCGAAUCCUCAAAACAUGCGGUUGCAUCCCAAGGACCUCGUGGCUUCCGACCAAUCGCAGCAGGCGUCAACUUUGCUCGCCUCCGAUUGCUCGAUGGGCCCUCGCGGGGCUGCGCUUCCAUCCACCAGCAAGCCUCAUUUACGCGCCCAAGUCCAACAGCGAGCAUCAUUUUGCAGGGGUUCAUUUUCAUCACCGUCAUCUUCUUUGCCCAGCGCACGCCUACGAAAAUACGACGCUUGGUCACCUACGGAAAACUAUCAGUCCUGCUCGCCUCCUGACGCCCCGCUGCGAAGUCGGUGGUGAAAGCGGCCUCGCAUAUCGGGACGCAAAUCCUACCUGCGCGGCCUCUUUCACCAUCUGGUCAUCCGAUGCGUAUAAUCAGGCCGGAACGGUCCAGGCCUUGGGCAGUGACUCGAUCCGUCCCGAAAAACGGGCUAGCAGCUUGCCGGUCCCCGCUCAGCGCCUAAUUGCCCGCCCUCCAUGGACCGAUGCGAAGCUGGGCGGACUCAAGCUUGGGAGCUUAGCUGGCAUUUCCGGGUCUCUGCGCAUUGCCAUGACCAAAUCAGAGCCUUCUAGACUGAAGCCAUUGAGCCAUCUCAACAACCAAAGACAACAACAUCCGCUCAUUUCGCACACCAUUCACCAACGUCUUCUCGACGCCGCAUUACUGCCAACCAUUCUCCGAUCCAUCCGCGCCGCUCUCUUCCCCAACAACGCCCCCGGCGUCUCGACCUUGGUGGCCCCCUCUUCCGACGAGGAGCUGCGUUCCUUACGCCGCAGGUGCGCUAGCGCCAUGCUAGCCAGCAUCCCGCCCUGGUUGGCUGGCCUGUAUCUAGGCGGGCGAGGCCUUGGCUUCCGGUGGCGGUCCGGACCGGAGUCAAGGCCUGGUGCUGCUGAUGAUGCUGCUCCUUUGCCCAUGAGCGAGAGCGAGGCCGAUGUUCCUGGCAGGGGUGAUGCCACUAACGGGAACAGAACUAAUGAUUUAGGUAAUGAAAGUAAAGAGAAUGAGGACGAGGAUCAGCAGCGAAUGCUGGCCGAGAUCGAAGAGAGCAUACUCGAUAUCUUCUCAGACGAAUACUGCAACAAGCACUUGGUGUACAGCAUCCUGGAGCUGAUUCUGGUGAGACUGAUGCCGGAGCUGGUGGAGAAGGGCGUCGUUGAACUCUGGGAGGAGCGUCUGAAUACCCUUGUUAGUCUGAAAAACGCAUUUUGUAAUUCCGCAUGA